AGGAAGAUGGCGGCGCCCAGCAGCCGGUGAGGAGAGAGGACACGGGGCUCCCAGGGGGCGGCUGGAUUCUUGCGAGAUGGCCGCAUCGCCGCAUACUCUCUCCUCACGCCUCCUGACAGGCUGGGGAGGAGGAUGCAUCUGGUAUCUAGAAAGAGGAGCCACGCGGCAGUCCCCUCGUAGGUUCCUGCAUCUUCUCAGGAACGUCAGUCAGCAGCGGGUCACAUUUCAACACUUUAACUUCCUCCGGCGCAUGUAUGUCACACAACUAAACAGAAGCCUCAAGCAGCAAAUAAAACCGAAGCCAGAACCAACAGAAUCUCCUUUCCUUGAAAAAACUUCCUUGGAUGAGGCCAAAGCCGAAAUAUGCGAGAUGAGACCUCUUGUACCCCCCAGCCUGCCUCUGUCCAGAAAGCCAAGUGAAAAAGCGUUGAUAGAACUAGAACCCGCCUCAGUAACUGAGGGCUCCAUAGCUCUGGGGAGAGAGACGAAAGAGGAGAAGCAGUGGAAAGAGAUGAAACUGCGUGCAGAUGAUCUGCCAGGAAUCCUGGCCCGGCUGUCCAAAAUCAAACUCACAGCCCUGGUCGUCAGCACCACCUCAGCUGGCUUUGCCCUGGCUCCAGUGCCUUUUGACUGGUCCUGCUUCCUGCUUACGUUUGUUGGAACAGGCCUGGCUUCCUGCGCUGCCAACUCCAUCAAUCAGUUUUUUGAGGUUCCGUUUGAUUCAAACAUGAACAGGACAAAGAACAGACCUCUGGUCCGUGGACAGAUCAGCCCGCUGCUUGCCGUGUCCUUCGCCACAGGCUGUGCGGUUCCCGGAGUCGCCCUGCUGACCUGGGGCGUGAACCCGCUCACGGGCGCCCUGGGCCUCUUCAACAUUUUCCUAUACACCUGCUGCUACACCCCGCUCAAGAGGGUCAGCAUCGCCAACACGUGGGUGGGGGCGGUCGUGGGGGCCAUCCCCCCCGUCAUGGGCUGGACCGCGGCCACGGGCAGCCUGGAUGCUGGGGCCUGUCUUCUGGGAGGAAUCCUCUACUCCUGGCAGUUCCCUCACUUCAACGCGCUGAGCUGGGGCCUCCGUGAGGACUACUCCCGGGGCGGCUACUGCAUGAUGUCCGUCACCCACCCGGCCCUGUGCCGGCGCGUCGCCCUGCGCCACUGCCUGGCAUUGCUCGCCAUGUGUGCCGCAGCGCCCGCCCUGGACGUCACCACUUGGACCUUCCCGGUCAUCGCCCUGCCCAUCAACCUGUACAUCUCCUACCUCGGCUUCCGGUUCUACCGGGACGCGGACCGGAAGAGCUCCCGGAAGCUGUUCUUCUGCAGCCUCUGGCACCUGCCGCUGCUCCUACUGCUGAUGCUCACCUGCAAGCGGCGGGUCAGGGAGGAGGGCGCGGGGGCGCCGCGGAGCUGACGGCCGCCCACUCUGGGAAAAUAAGAAGACGUCCAGGGAGACGCGCAGGGUUUUCAUUUUUUUUUUUUUUUCCACUCUGCUGUUAGGCGACAAAUAUUUUGGUUAUUCCAAAGCACCAGGAGCAAAAUAGCUGCGUUUGAAACGAGGCUGUAAAAUAAUUUGGUGCUCAGUGACCACUGGACAACUUUCUUCAUGGUGAUAUCCAAAAUGUUCCCCAAAUGAGAAUCGGGGUGGCUCUGUAGAUUGACACAAGAAGAGGAUGGGGUCUUUGCUUGCUUGCUUGUUUUCCUUUGAGGGUUGUUACAGAGGCCUUCCUCCGACCACCACUUGGUUCGUCUUCUCCCUCAGGUCGAAGUGCAGGUUCACCUUGCUUCUCCGAGCUCCCCACCUGCCGGCUGGGGAGGCCAGACGAGGUACUCACUCGCACGCUGGUAUCUGUGGUUCCGUGGCCUCUGGUCCCUCACAGACUGCGUCAGAGUAAAUGCAGCUGCCGGCCGCAGCCCGCCUGCUGUGAAUGAGCCGGGCCCAGCUCCCUCUGCCCCGCACGUUCUCAGCCUCAUGCCCCCUCAAAUGCUAAUAGGACUCCAAGUACUGGCUGCUGCCCACCUUCUCAGGGAGGAUUCAAACGGUUGCCUGGGAAUCUCAGACUGGCCCUUGUCCCCAUCCUGUUAGGUGGUAGCAUUUCAGAAACUCCAGGGAACCGAGGGCAUCUUUGACAUCCACUGUACCACACAGGUGGUGUCAGAGCGGUUCUUUCUAGAAGGGGCAUUCUAGACUUAAAGCCAGAAGCCCCUCCAACUCUGAUCCACCUCUCCUUCAACCACUGCAGCAGGCAUGAGCUGGGCCAGCCAGCCGUCAUAGCUUUCCUUGUUCCUUUGGUGAAAAACACAUUUCCACCCUGCUGUCUUCAGGACUCAGAAAUUAUCCUCCACACAGCCAGCGACUUGGAGAGCCAGAAGCAAGAGCCAGACCUCUGGUGGGGAUGAUUCUGCCCCCCCCCCCCAAGGGGUGCACAGGUCCCCGCAGGCAGGGGUGGCCUCUGACACCAGCGGUUCCCCCAGCCCCCCAAGUCUGCCUCAUUAUCCAGUUACCGGACGUCCCAUUUGCCCUAAGACCUUGAAGCUUAACAGGAUGUUUUAGUUACCUUGUCUCCGGGGCACUGCUGCCCUGGAAAGAAUUUAUUUGGGACUUUAAGCCACAUUCAAACAACCCUGGCAACAUGUCCCUUCUCUGAAAACUGCCCAAAGCAAUUGGAGGUAGCAUCUGAUUUUCGACAGCACUUACUCAGCUGUGUUCAGAUUGCGCUGCGAGAACUGACAAAGUUGUGUCUGGCUGGCGGUCCCCAGCCCGCCGAUCUGUAAGGCGCGUGGGUUCUCUCUGCUGCAAUAAAACUGCACCGUGA